AUGUCAAUUUACUUUUGGGGGUUCGACGGUCUAUUGUCAUCAUCAGCUGAUGAUGACGAACGAGCGCUGCACUCAGACUCGAAAGGGCCUGAUUUUAACCGUCCAAAGCAAAGAUUCCCCGUAAUACACCCAGGCGACCAAAGAUUUACCCUCCGAAUGCAAGAAACAACCAAAAAGGAUGACUUUUGGGGGUUUGAUCCAGAUUUAUCUUGCCUAUCCCCCUGCGCCAAACAGGAUGGCGAUAAUAAUUCGCAUCAGAUUGGCUUCCCAAAGCUUUAA